AAAAUUUUGCAGGGUGAAUUGGCCUGCCUGGGUCUGAGGUCUUUAUUCUUGAAUACAUUGGAGUUCGGGAAGACAUUAAGAUAUGAACGUUCUUUCUGCUCUUCUGCUUCUAGUCCACCUGAUCCCAGUGUCGGCAGCUAGGAAUGGAGUGACUAGCAAGAAUCGAAAGAGGAUCAUGCCUGACCCGGUGACGGAGCCCCCCGUGAUGGACCCCAUUUACGAAGCCCUUUUGUACUGCAACAUUCCACGUGUGGCCGAGCGCAGCAUGGAAGGUCACGCACCGCAUCAUUUUAAGCUGGUCUCGGUGCAUGUGUUCAUUCGACACGGGGACAGGUACCCACUGUAUGUCAUUCCCAAAACGAAGCGCCCAGAAAUUGACUGCACUCUGGUGGCUAACAGGAAACCGUAUCACCCUAAACUGGAGGCUUUCGUGAGUCACAUGUCCAAAGGAUCUGGAGCCUCUUUCGAAAGCCCCUUGCACUCCCUGCCUCUUUAUCCCAGCCACCAGCUGUGUGAGAUGGGAGAGCUCACGCAGACAGGGGUUGUGCAGCAUCUGCAGAAUGGCCAGCUGCUGAGGGACAUCUAUCUGAAGAAACACAAACUCCUGCCCAGUGACUGGUCCACAAAGCAGCUUCACUUAGAGACCACUGGCAAAAGCCGGACGCUGCAGAGUGGGCUGGCUCUGCUUUAUGGCUUUCUCCCAGAUUUUGACUGGAAAAAGGUUUAUUUCCGGCACCAGCCCAGCGCUCUGUUCUGCUCUGGGAACUGCUACUGCCCGCUGAGGAACCAGUACCUAGAAAAGGAGCAGCGUCGGCAGUACCUGUUGCGUUUGAAAAACAGGCAGCUGGAGAGGACCUACGAGGAGAUGGCCAGGAUCGUGGACACCCCCACCAAGCAGCUCCGGGCCGCCAACCCCAUAGACGCCAUGCUCUGCCUCUUCUGCCACAACGUCAGCUUCCCCUGCACCAGGAAUGGCUGUGUUAACAUGGAGCACUUCAAGGUGAUCAAGAGGCAUCAGAUAGAGGACGAGAGCGAGAGGCGGGAGAAGAAACUGUAUCUGGGGUACGCGCUCCUGGGCGCCCACCCCAUCCUGAACCAGACCGUGGGCCGCAUGCGGCGCGCGGCAGAGGGCCGGAAGGAAGAGCUCUUUGCUCUCUCCUCUGCUCACGACGUCACUCUGGCCCCGAUUCUCAGUGCCUUGGGCCUUACAGAAGCCAGGUUCCCGAGGUUCGCGGCCAGGUUGAUCUUUGAGCUCUGGCAAGACAGAGAGAAGCCCGGCGAGCACUCCGUCCGGAUUCUCUACGACGGUGUCGAUGUCACGUUCCACACCUCGUUCUGCCAGGAUCACCACAAGCGGUCUCCCAAGCCCAUGUGCCCCCUCGAAAACUUCGUCCGCUUUGUCAAAAGGGACAUGUUCGUGGCCCUGGGUAGUGGUAGCACUAAUUAUUAUGACGCGUGUCACAGGGAAGGAUCCUAAAAGGUACGUGGUGUAGCGCUAACAGAAUCUAUGCCAAUACAGAGGGAUGGGAAAGGUCUGCUUCUAGUUCCUUUGGUUGCUAAGGGUACAAGGUGAUUUUUAAAGGCCGGAAGUCAUGCUUGGGGGCCACACGGAUUUAGGGCUGAACAGUGAAUAUGUUGCUGUAAUUGGGUACUUGAGUUACUUGGUACACAAUGGCCAGUUCACAGAGAAAGGAAGGUACUUUAUCAUAGCCAGACUUUGCUUAGGAUGCCAGAAUAAUGCUUCAGUACCCAAAGCUGCCAAUCCA